CUAUAGCAACCAUAUUGUACAACAACAAAGUCCAGUGGACUGCACUGUGGGGGAAUAUAUGAACUUUCUCAAGAAUCCAUAAAGAAUGACAACAGCCUCUAUAUAUCAGCUCUCUGAUAGUCCAAGUGUCAUCCCUGUGCUGCUUGGGAAGGACAGAAAUGUCACCUAUGUAUUGGACACUUCAGAGGCUAUGGCAGCAAUUCUGGGGACAGUGAAAAAUCUGAUUAUUCAAAGUCUGCUUACCAAGGCUUCUCUCAGAAACUCCCUCUUUAACAUCAUCACCUGUUCAUAUAAGAUAACAUCCUUGUCUGAGCACAUGAUUCCUUGUGCACCUGAUACAGUGUACCAGGCCCUCAGCUGGAUCCAUUCUCUCAGGACAAGCCCUGGAAAUGAUCUCCUUACGGCACUCAUUACAGCAUUUUCUGAUCCUGCCUGUCAGUCUGUCCACCUAGUGACAAACAGCCUCCCAGACAACCUGGAGAAUUGCCUGAAUUCUCUAUCUACAUUUACAGCACGCCCUGUGCACACAUUUCAUGUAUCAGAAAAGCAGGAUUUGGACACCGAUGUUUUGGAUUUCCUAAAAUGCUUGACCUCUGCCACUAAAGGGAGUUGCUACAGGCUGUCUCUAAACUCUAAUGCCCCAGCUGAGCAGGUGAACCCCUCGCUAGCCCUGUUGCACUCAUCAGAACACCAGAUUCAACAUCAGUCAUGCUCAAAGGACAAGUGCCAGGUCUCCUACUACAAACCAUUUCAUGCAGUCUGCAUCUCACCAUACUGGUGUUCCAUGGGAAAUCCCUUUAGUGUGACACCGUGUGUUUUAGGGAAGGUAGCAAGAGGUGCUGAGUUCUUUCCAGGUUGCCGUGUGUUAGCACGAAGAGAGGUAGAUGGAUUCUACUACUUGGGGACAAUUGUACACCAGCUACAGGACAGGGGAGGACUCUUUAUGGUGACAUUUGAUAAGUGUUUGCCCAAAGAUAACACCAUGAUGGAAAUCAUAUCACCUCAGUUAACAUGUCAACCUGACAUGGUGAAUAUAACACAGGCACAUAAGCACAGUAUAGUACCAGGAGACACGGUAUUAGCGCCUUGGGAAUUUCAGAUGAGCAGAUAUGGUCCUGGCAGAGUUGUUUCAGGCAUGGAAGUAAGAGAUUCAGUGAAGGGUGGAAUGGGAGAUGGUCUAGUGGUGCUGUUUUGGAAUGGAAUCAGACUGCACGUUCGAAAAGACCUGGCUGUGUGGAUACCUGCUUCUCACCAUGAGCAAAUAAUCAGGGAACUGCAGCCUAAUGUGCUCAGACCAGGCUGCUUAAACCACAGCCAGUGUAGUCACAUUAACUGGUCACCAGUCUGCUGCAUAAAUCACAUAAAUCACUGUCUUCCAACAACUCCCUCAAUGUGCCUUUGCCCAGUGAAGAACUGUCCCCUCUCUAAUCAACGCCUUCUUAUGGACAAUCAAUGGAAGGCGCAGGAGAUUAAACCUGACCAAGUAAAUGAGCUGACAGCUUCUCAGGAGAUGAAGACUGAUUUGUCUUCUUCAGACUCAAGCGAAAACGAGGAAGAAGUUACAAAUGAAAAGUUAAAUUCCACACCAGAACUGGUGAGCUGCUCAGUGAACACGGAGAUCUCAUACCUGAAUAAGUCCCAUAGUGAGCCACAGAAUAGACCAGCCUGGAGGUACUGGAGAAGAGGAUCCCCAGAGCCACACCACAAAAAACCAGGGCAAGUAACUAAGCCUCCAAAUCCAGGUUAUUCUUGCCUUGGAAUAAACAGUGAUUCUGGAUACUCCUCAUCCAGUUUUGCAUCCACAAAUCCCAGUUCAUUAUUUGAAAUGGUUCCACAUUCAGUAAGAAGAGGUAUAACAGUAAGAGAGGUAUUUGGCUGGACUGUACAAAAACCACUUUCUGAAGCACCACCUCCAUUGGCUUUUACAGUAAAGAAAAUUUCAGGUGAACCAAGAUCAUAAAACUGCUUAAAUAGCUCAAUAACCUCAAAAAACAUUUGAUAUGACAUUUGCACAAGCUGCAAAUGAGAUUUACUAUGGAUGUAACUCUUGAUUAUAGUUUUUGAAUAUUCUUUAAAUGAUAGCAUGACAAAAGAUAUCAAACAACAAUAAAAUUAUAUCAAAUUUCUAAUUUUAUAUAAUUUUUUUUAAAUGUGAUGCAUUGUUGUAUUCAAUUUAAACUCUCAGCAAUGCUUUCUAGUGACCAGGACACAGAUCAUUUGCAUUUAGAGACACCCACAAAACUCACCCAAAAAACAUAAAAGGUCAAACUCAGAGAGGGCUGGAAACACAAAAUGAACAGUGAAAGAAAAGGUAGAACGCCUGAGGUGAAAGUUAUAUUGACUCACUUCUAUGCCAGCAGAAACUUUUCAGCAGUUUAACAGCACCUUAAAGGUCAAAAUUUUGAGACGAAUUACACAAAAUAUAAAUUAAAUAAAAUGUAAAGAAAAUGGUGUGACAUGAAAAUGGAGGAUAGAGAAAAUCUACACAGUAUUUAUGUGAUCAUGAACACCAAGUACAUCACACAGGGAAACCUAUUUUAAAAUUGUUUUAUUUGUCUUGGCUCACUUGCUGGAAGUGUUGUGCAGUGUUAAAAGAAGAU